AUGGCUGGUGAAAGAGUUCACUUUACAGCUUACGACGGGCUCAGGCUUGCUGGGAUACUCUACAGUGCAGGGGAGCAACGCCCAUGCGUGAUCAUGACAAAUGGAUUCUCCGGGCUAAAAGAACAGUUUCUCCCGGACUUUGCAGCUCGAUUCAACGCCGCCGGCUACACCGUUCUGAUCUACGACAACCGUUGCUGGGGCGAAAGCGAAGGCACCCCGCGGAAUGAAGUUGAUCCCCUGCUUCAAACGCGAGACUACUAUGACGCAUUCAACUACGCGACAACACUCCCUUCGGUGGACGCGACCAAGAUUGUUUACUGGGGCAGCAGCAUGUCUGGGGGCAAUGCGCUGGUUGCUACCGCGGUGAACAAAUGUGUGAAAGCAGUGAUUUGCCAGGUCCCAUUUGUCUCGGCAGAGCCAAUGAUCCCAGCAUCGACAGUACUAUGUCGCACGCUUCUGCAGGAUCGUGCAAGUAUCAUCCGCGGGAAGAUGCCGUUGAUGGGGCCGAUUCUUCCUGCAUCGCUGGAGGAGGUUGUUCUGGGCACAUCCAAGGCGAUAUUGAAGGAUGCUAGUGCGGUUGUGUUUGUGGAGGAGAUGAACAGACGAGGUCUCAAGAUUGAGACCUUCGUUACGCUACAGAGCCUCUUGCAUGGAGUUGGAAAUGAGCCAGCAGCUUGGGUCAGGCGUAUUGCCCCGAGGCCCAUGCUCAUGGUAGUUGCGGACCAGGAUGUCACCUGCCCGGUCGAGACGCAGCUGGCUGUUUUCAAUCAGGCAUUGCACCCGAAGACGUUGCAUAUUCUGAAGGAUACUUCGCAUUUUGAUCCGUAUUUUGGGCCUGCAUUUGAGGAAAAUGUCCAGGUGCAGCUGAACUUCUUGAAGGAUGUGUUCCAGUGAAAUGGUAGCCUAUCCCUAGCUGAUUUCCUCGAUCAAGCACCAGUUAGAAAG